AUCCCAAAAAAAAAAAACCGAAAAUCCAGAAAUUUAGAAACCAAAAUAACAUUCCAGUUUUUGAAUACCUACGGCGGAGAUAUACAUUCUCUGACACUCUUUUCUUCAAUGCUGCCGAAACCGAUCGGACCAAACACAACUCUUGAAUCUCGGCCGCCACAUCAUUACAAUAAACCACAACUAGUGGUAAUCAUCCUCCUCGUCCUCUUCAUCGGUUUCUUCGCUCUAUGUUGCUGUAAAUGUUUCUUCCACACUCUCUCACAAGCUUGGGAUCGCCUUCACCGCAACGGACCACCCGAAAAUCAAAUCCAGUCACAACAAGAAACCGACGGUCAACCACCGGUUAACCCCGGUUUAGAGCAACAAAUCAUACAAUCCUUCCCAUUAUUCCCAUUCUCCUCAGUCAAAAAUCUCCGAGAAGAUAAACACGGACUAGAAUGCGCGAUUUGUCUUCUUGAAUUCGAAGAAGAACACGUCCUUCUCCGACUCUUAACAAAUUGUUACCAUGUUUUUCAUCAAGAAUGCAUCGACCGCUGGCUUGAAUCUAACAAAACAUGCCCUGUUUGUCGCCGGAACUUGGAUCCAACCGCGCCUGAAAACAUCAAAGAGCUGAUCAUUGAAGUCAUACACGAAAACAGCAACGGAAACCAAGAUCAAACGUCAACAUCAAACGAGGUUUUGCUAUCGAGACAGAGUAACGAGGUAAAGAUGGAGUCCUUACCGGAUAAAUUUUCGAGAUCGAAGACGACGGGUCACUCGAUAGUGAGGAAUAAACCGGAGGAAGAAGACCGGUUUACUUUGAGAUUACCGGAUCAUGUUAAGAUCAAGGUAACGAGAAGACAUAAUAAUAACCAAACCGAGAGUUGUAUUUCGUUUGGUGAGCUUAUGAGAAACAGACAAGGCCGGUUUGGUGAACUCUCUGGUCAAUCGCUUGUACCGGAAUCAGAAAAUUAA